CCAAAUAGGAAUGAGAGAGGAAAUGUCACUAGGACGCCAGGAGGCUUUCGAAAUUUUCAAGAGGGACCACGCUGACAGUGUCACCAUCGAUGACAAUAAACAGAUUCUGAAGCAGAGAUUUUCUGAAGCAAAGGCUCUGGGAGAAAGUAUAAAUGAAACAAGAAGUAAAAUUGGUCAGCUAAAGGACGCCAUCACCCAGCGGCACCUACAGCAAGUAGCUCUUGGAAUCUCAGAGAAUGCUGGCACACCCUCCAUGCCUGACCUCCAGGAAGAGAAACUUCGAUCACAGCUGGAGGAGGAAAAGACUAGGUACAAAGCGACGUUCACGCGCCUGAAAGCCCUCAAGGUGGAGAUUGAACAUCUACAGCUGCUCAUGGACAAAGCCAAGAUGAAGCUGCAGAAGGAGUUCCAAGUCUGGUGGGCCGAGGAGGCCAGCAAUCUACAGGUAAACUCCCCAGCCAUGAAUCCCCAGGAGGGCCCGAAGCCAGUUCCCCAGCAGGACGAGCCACAGCUUCUCUCCAAGAAAAGUUCUCAAGGCUGGGAAGCUGAAGAUGUAGUUGGCAGUCCGGAUGUCUGUGAUAGGCUUUCCAGAAGAAUCCUUCCCUCCCCAUGCCCCAGUCAGUACAGCCAAGGGCCCAGUGACUCCAGGACCCAGCUGCAAGACAGUGUCCCCGAAAGGCCACUGUCAUCCAUCCCUCUCACUGGGGACAGCCAGACCGAUUCUGACAUCCUGGCGUUCAUCAGGGCCAGACAGAGCAUUCUGCAGAAGAAAUGCCUGGGAAGCAACUGACUUUCUGAUGAGGGUCCCACCCUGUUCUGCAGACAGAAUGACUGAUGCCAAGAUAAAGACCCUGACCCUCACUGGUGACCACAGACAUGACACAAAGCCACCCGGGAGCAGCUGGAAAUUUGAGGCCAGAGGAAGAGAGCUGUGCUUCUUUGCGGAUGGUGUCUGGGAGAGCUCAGGAUGGGUGGUCCUGAUUGAGCUGCUGGAAGGGUGGGCAAGGCCGGGUUGCUGCUCACUGUCACAUUUAUGAGGAUCCCAGCGACUGUGCAAUACAGCAUCAUAACGUGCAGGCAGGAGGCAUCCCAGGCGGAGCAGCACAGGAGGGUGAUAAUCCGUUAGUUAUAACGAUUUGCCAGCCACCACCCAAGUCUACUCCUGGCUCAGAAGCCCAGGAAUGGCCAUGGCAGGCUAGGCAGGACUUCAGAGCCCCAGAUAACACAGUAGAAUGCAGGGUACCUCAAGGGCCAGUAUCCCAGCCCAAGCACUCCACCAUCACCCACUUGUCCUGCCUCCAGGGAGCUAUGUAUCCUCGCAGUCUGAGGACUGCACAGAAACAGAGACUAGUGGGAAGCUCCCCAGAAUCCUGCAGGCAUCAGUACUUUGAGUCAUUACCCCCACCCCCCAAGCUGUGUGGGAUUCUACACAAUUAAGGCCCAAACCCCCUGUCCCCACAGGGAGACCAGAGCUACCCAUGACCCUCCCAUCAUUUCACAACCUGGCUGUGUGACUUGGACUAAGUGGACAUGAAAGGGAAGGAACAGAGUCAGCAGUGGCCCGUGUUGUGUUCCCAGCCCAUGUAAGGGGCAGGAGUAGGUGCUCAGAGAUGAUGACAGCUAAAUAAAAUACCUUCUGCUC